UCUGUCCUGGUCCUAUUCGUACACCUCUUUUAAUGGACUUUUUGAAUACGGAAGAAAAGAAACAGAGACGACUUGUCCAUGUUCCUCAAGGAAGAUUUGGUGAGGCUAUUGAACAAGCUUAUGGAGCUCUCUUUUUAGCUUCCGAUGAGAGUUCAUUUGUCACUGGUGUUGACUUUAGAGUAGAUGGAGGUUUGGCUUCAGCCUAUGUUACGCCGGAAGGAGAACCUAUUGGUCCUGUACCCAAGAACUUUGCGGACAUGUAAAAAUUUUAUACAAUAAAGCUGCUGCUGCUACUUUUUUUCUAUUAUUUUUUUUAUUCUACAUGUCAAACGUUCUCACCUGUCAAGAAGUCGAUAAUUGUUCCUUCAGUUCUUGGUAUCCAAGAUUUAAGACUGUUACUUUCAAAUCAAAAAUUAUUCAUUUGCCCGAUGAUUUCAUAGACUAUUUGAAUGCUGAUAGUAUUUUCUUACCUGAAGACGGGCAACCAAGGGCAGCAUUCAUUGAAGAAGUUGACUCAGAUCAAGAAGAAUAUCCAGAAGAACAAAAUGAUAAUACUCCUCACUUUCCUGAAAUAGAGAAACAGAUUAAAGAAGCUAUUGAGGAGUAUGAAGGAGCUGUAUUUCCAAAGCUCAAUUGGAGUUCACCUAGAGAUGCUGCUUGGAUUGCAACCACACAAACCUUGAAAUGUACUUCACCCUUUGAUGUGUUUCUAUUACUUAAAUCAUCAGACUUUAUCAACCAUGAUCUAAAUCAUGCUUAUGAAAUUUGUGCAGAUCAAAAACAAGAUAGACCAACAUUUGAUCUUGUUUUGAGGAAAUGGUUUGAUCUACAGCCUUCCAUGGAGUUUCGUUGUUUUGUAAAGAAUCAAGAAAUUAUUGGCAUUUGUCAACGCGAUGUCAAUUAUUAUGAAUUCUUGCCUAAAAUGAAGCCAACUAUUGAACUGUUGAUUUAUAGAUUCUUUGAAGAACAUGUCUGUGAACACUUUGAUAGCUUAAAUUAUGUAUUUGAUGUCUAUGUGGAAUAUAAUCGUGAAAAAGUCUAUCUGGUUGAUUUCAACCCAUUCUGUCCUACGACAGAUAGUAUAAUGUAUGACUGGGAAGAACUCAUGAAUUUUGACUUGGAUCAAAAGCAAGCAGAGCUUAGGUUUAUAGAAUCUGAAUCUGAAGCCAAUUUGUUAUCUUGUAAUGCUCCUAAAUUUGCUACUAAUAUGGUCCCAAAGGAUGUCAUUGACCUAUCAAAUGGUCAAUCUAUUGCUGAAUUUGCUGAGCAGUUUGAAAAAGCAAUGAAAAUAGCGGAACAAGGUUAUUCGUCGUCAGAAGAUGAAUCGUAAUAAAAUUCUUUUUUUCCCCCUUUUU